AUGGACUGGCUCCUCGAUGGGUCAUUGCUUAGUAAUAGUGAGACCGAUCUCGCCAACGUCUUUGAAUAUGAGCCAAGAUCUGUCAAAGUUGUCCAAUUAGACGACGAAGAUGGGGAGCCCAAACAGUGGAAGGUGAAUGAUGAAGGUUGGAAGGAAUGGUUUCAUGAGAACCACAGAGACCUUGACCAGAGCUACAAGCCCAAGAUCACUGUCGUGUAA